AUGGCAGCCAUGAUGGUCACCACCGCCACCAGCUACCGCGGGAGAAGCAGCAAGGUCAUGAUCACUGCAUUGCUGCUUAUGUUUAUGUUGCUGAUGGUGUCCGCGGUGCCGGACCGGGCUGGCAAAGUUAUAAAGUUGGAAGAAAGUUGCAUGAGCGACUGCGUUUCAAACUUUUGCCCCAUCUACGGAGCAUCAUAUGCUGAAUGCUCUUCACUAUGUGCCAUACGCUGUGCAAGUCAAUGUACAAUCGAUAUUGGACUCUGCCGUCUCAAGGCUAUUCUUGAGAUUCUGUCGUUUCAUGGCCAUUCUUGA